AUGGAAGGUCUCUUAAAACAAAUUCCUAAAGGCGUUGUUGGCUGCGGCUUCAAAUGUAAAUGUGAAUGCACACUAUCGCUUUGUGACUAUGCAAUGCCAGUUACACCAGAAAAAACGGUAAAUAUUUGCAAAAUUAUACCUAGUUUUAAUAUCAAAAUAAGCUUAGAAAGCUUAAAUUUACAUGUGUCCAUUGGCUUAAAUUGGUCCUCAUUUAUUUUGCCAUUGUUGAGAACCUUUAUCUUUGCACCAAUAUUUCUGCACUUUCAGGGUGUGUUUUUAGAUUUUUGUACUCAUCAGCCUCCUGUUUUUCUGCCAUUGGCAUUAUACUUUAUUUUAAAUCCUCCGUUAAAAUGUAAGAAGAUUGUUUUACAUGACCCAAUGAUUUUGACUUUUUCUAAAGACCUUUGUGAUAUUAGAAUAUGGCAUAUUCCUAAGAUUCUACUCUUCGUCCCUAAAACCGUCUUAUUCGAUCCCGAUGUUAAUUCAUCUACGUAUGAAUAUGGUGUUCAGUGGUCGAGAAAGCCGACCGAUUUAAAGUGGAAUGGAGAGAAAUUAGUUAUUGAUAUGGAUCCCAGUUUUCCUCGUAAUGCUAUCCAUUUAUUUUUUGGGAAUAUUUUCUCAUUUCAAUGCCGUGUCGGAGUUCUUUACCUCAUAGAGGAGGAUUCAAUUCAUCCGGAUAAGCUUCUACGCUUAGAAUUAAUGGAUGUCUUUAUUUUCCCAACGUGUCUUAAAUCUUGA